AUGACAACCAUAACAGUUUCUGGGCAGCAGGCUGUGAGUGAUGUUGAUACCAAUAUGAUGGGUAUACGGUCAAAGAGCCUUUUUGAAAUUUUAAAGAGAAUAGUAGUACAUGGGGAAUUUGAUGUGUUGAAUGAAAGUGAACCUGAUGAAGUGCUGGGAGAGAUAAUAGAGCAUAUAACGGUGAGCAUACCGGAAGGCAUUUUUAGAACAAAGGAAAAUGACGGGAAUAAAGAAUUUGGACGACUGAAAGGUGAGUUAAUAGCUCUAGGUGACUACUUGAGAGACCAGUUCCAGAUCAAAGAAGUGUAUCCUUUCACUAUCGUACGCAUAUGCGAAUUAUGUUACGAUCCAUUCAAGUAUUUUAAGGUUUAUGAACUUGGGAAGUUUGUCAGUGCAAUGACUUCUUGCUGUCUGGUAAAAACCAGUUGGAGUUCUACUGGGGCAUCUAUAAAGGCAACUAAAAAUCAAACCAAUUUUAGCAAUGGCGAGAGUGAUCAAGAGGACGUCUCUCUGACAAAAAUACCCUGGAUCGACGAAGAGACUGAGAAGGAACUAGUACCAUUUAUCAAAGAGAUUGAUAGCAUCAUGGGAGCGAAUCUCGGAUUUGAGGAUGGUGAUGAGGAUGAAAAUAUGGAUGUAGAGAUAAACGAUUUGGAAGGCCGUAACGAAAGCGAGGAUUUCAUAAUUGAAGGAUAUUACGAAGAUGCACCUGGGGGCGAUGGCGACUCGGAUGAUGACGAUGACGAUUACGUUGAGGGCGCUCAAUCGGAGGAGGAUGAUGACGACUCGGAAGAUGAGGAAGAUCGCGCUACUUCGAAUGGUAAGAGGAAACCAACCGAGGUGGACGAUUAUGAGUACAUAGAAAAGACAAGGCGAAAUACUCGAGUGACCACUCCAAAGAAACUAAAAGCACAAUCUACGGAAGAGCAACGACCGGAUGUUCAAAUGUCGAGCCUAGAACAACAAGUAUCGAUUCUUAUAUCUCCUGAAGGUCAAAAACAGGAUGCACAGGGCAACAUAUAG